GGCAAUUUAUGGAGCGACCAAGUCGACCGACUUCUAGUCAACCUUCCUUCGUCACCUACACGGAAUUCGACCCCACACACGAAGACUCUGGACGACUCUCGCGCUCGCCCUCUCCUCAUCGCCAGUCUUGUCCAAUACAUCCGCUACACGUCGUCGCGUACUCGCAGACUAUUCGCUAGCUGAGUCGGAACUUUCAAGAGGCAACCCAUAUCCCGGCCGGUCUUCCCCAUCUCCCGAGCGCAACAAAUCGACUUCUCCCGACACCCGCACCCGCGCCCGCGUCUCCAGGCACGUCGCGAUCAAUGUUCAUAUCAAGUAAGGCCCGGCUUAUAUAUCCUUCUCUAGCCGCUAGCUAUUGAGCAUCGCUUGGUCGCCUCGUGGUGCGCGGGUGCCCCAACUCUCUCUCUCUCUCUCUCUCUUCUGCCCACACGCCUGCACGCGCGUCCACCGACAGCCAUGGCUCCCGUCGUGGCCGCCGCACCUCCUCUGCCGACUCCUAAGAUCAGACGCCCGCCGCUGCCAGGCAUUCAAACAAAUGGCGUGUCUUCGACGCAGUCAUCUCCCUCCCCGUCCAUGUCAGCGAAGCGCCCUCCACCUACCGCCACCAAGCAGCAGCAGCAGCAGACAUCCGGCACCAUCGUCGCGAACGGCGCCAAUGGCACGGCCCAUCGGCCCGGUGUAGUCCGCUCAAGACGCGAUACGUAUAGUCAGGCUUCAGGACGGAAUCCAAGAAACAAUGCGUCUCUAAGAUCGGCUACCUUAGCUCCUGAUAUGUCGUUGCAGCAGCCCUUUGAACCGCGACCAGAAGUGGUCACCGACGCCUACAUCCUGAGGAAAUAUGCGGGGCAUCCCCCAUCCCUAAUUGUACACCUCCAUCCGGCUCAUUUUCGAUUCGACCAGCAAGAUAGUGUGUUUCCGUACAAAUCGCCGAUGAAGCUUUUUAUCGAUCAUGUCAGGAGUCGCACCGUGCCUCACGAAUUUAUGAUGGACUUGAACGACAGCGGCGUCGUCUUCUAUGAAGGCUGCUUGAUUGUGCAGCUACACGACCACAAGUCGACAGUACAGUCCAAAGACGUUGCCCGCCCAGCAUCCAAAUCCACUAAUUCAACAACCAUGCCGUCCUCGAUUCAUAAUUACAACCCUUACAUAACACCAUCACCUUAUGUGCCGUACCCUAAAGAUAAUUUGAAUGGCGCGGAGAGUGGCCUUCCGGCAGCCGAUGAGAAGAAGCCCGCGGAUAUUGACUCUGGCGAAAAGGAGAGCAUGCCGGCGCCGCCUGCUCCUGUCGACGCCCAAAAGAGCAAGGUGCCGCCGAAGGCAAAGAUCUUUACUGUGGUCCUUCAUCCAACCUCUCAGAGUCUGCAUGCGGAUUUGAUGAUCAAAGCUAUGACACCCCGCGGUUCUGGCGAUGUGAAGGCUGGCGCCGACGCCGGCGCUGUCCCUCCCACGCCUGUUUCUGCCGUACCCCCUACGCCGUCUGCAGCGAGCAUGCCUCCGCCGGCCAAGAAGCAGAAGCGCGAGAAGAUGGAGUUAGAUGCCAGCAACUUUUACGCGGCCGAAGCACAAAUUCUAUUGGCAACAGUCGGUCCACUCCACCUAGAAGCAACCAAGAACAAGGAAGAGACCAUUGCCCUUCUAGAGCAGAUGGCUGACCCGAAACAUUCUAAUCCUCCCCCCAAACCGAAGGCUCGAAAGCGGACUGUGGCAGAGCGAGCCGCCGACGAGGCAUUGGCUGCGGAGCAGGAGAAGUACAUGCUAACCUUUGAUGAACGGCGCUCAGCCACCGUCGGUGGUACACAGACCGGUGGUGACAGCGCCGAUGGUAACGGCCAGUCUGGCACUACCGUCUUCGAACCUCGCUUCGAAAGAUUCAAGGUCCUUGCUGAUAUUAAGAGGGAACAUGCCGAAAAGAAAGAACAAGACAGGCUUCGCCAGCUAGACAACGAGCGGAAGUUAACAAUGCAAAAACAAGAACAACAGGCCUUAAUACAGCGGCAGCAGGCAGAACAGGAUAAGCUUCGGCGUGAACAAGAAGCCGCCCGGCAAGCCCAAUUACGCCAGCAGCAGCAGCAGCAGCAAGAUUCCCAGCGUCGUGCCAUGGCUCAACAAGCCCAAGCUCAGGCUCACGCUCAGGCGCAAGCCCAGGCGCAAGCCCAAGCCCAAGCCCAAGCACAAGCACAGGCUCAGGCUCAGGCCCAGGCACAAGCCCAGGCGCAAGCCCAGGCUCAGGCUCAGGCCCAGGCCCAGGCGGCUCAAUCACCUCCAAACAGCCAGAUGAACCAGAUGCCGCCGUCAUCCCAUGGGCACCCGCCGCAGAACGGCAUGUCCAACGGCGCAAUGGGCGCUCAAGGUGCCCACAGAUUCUCACAAGUCUCGCAACCUCCGGUCUCAUCACCCGUGAUUCGUCAAAAUACGCCUCAAAAUAUGUCGAGUCCCAUGGUCGGUAACGUGCCUAUGCAGCAGACAAAUUCUGGCAUGGGAGCAAGCCCUCCCAGGCCAUCUUCCGUCGUACAAAGCCACGGACCAAUGUCCGCGCCUAUGGCUGUGAGUAUGUCUGCCAGGGGUAGUCAGCAGAGCCAUCCGUCAAAUACGCCUCGUAUGCCGAGCGCGACGCCCCAGAUGGCUCACGGCACUCCAAUCGCCCGACCAAUGCCUACGCCCCGGAUGAGCCAGGCGAGCCCACCGCCAGGCAUGAUGGCCCAAAACUCCCAGAUGGGCCAUACUAUGCUGAUGGGCACCCAAAAUCUGAACCAGCCCAUGCAGAACCAUAUAAUGGCCGCCCAAAUGGCCCAGCGCCAACGAAUCGCCCAGCAACAGCACCUGCAGGCGUUGCAAAACGCUAACAUGAUGAACGGACAAAACCCUCAGAUGUCGAACCAGCAGCUAAUGCAGCAGCAACUCCUACGCCAGCAAAUGAUGAUGAAUAUGCCGGCCUCCAACAUGAUGACUGCUGCUCAACAGGCGCAGCUGGCGCAACGAUACCAGCAGCAUCUCAACAACCUGCAGCAGCAGCAAAUGCAAGCGCAAGCGCAAGCGCAGGUGCAAGGACAAGGACAAGGGCAAGUUCCGAACCAGCAGAUUGCCAACCCGAACUUCAUGGGCGCCGGCAAUAGCCUAAGCCAAGCUCAGAUUGCGGCGAUGCAACAGAUGCAACUACGUCAGCAGGGCAACCGGGGCGUGAACGUACCGCAAGCUUUCGCGAUGCAAAUACGACAGCGGAAGCAACAGAUUUACCAGCAGAGUAUCGCCAAUUUUGCAGAAAGAUACGGUGGGAUCGCUAAUAUCCCGCCCGACGCACAUGAGAACUUCGAGCAGACUUGUUUGAAGAGAGCCCAGGAGAGCGUGCAGCGCGAGAUAAUCCAGCGACGUCAGCAGAUAGCGCAACAGUCCAUGCAGAAUGGCAUGCAAAACGGCAUGCAAAACGGCAUGAAUGGGAUGAACGGGAUGAUGCAGCAGGGCAUGUAGGCGGGGUACAUAUAUAUCACUAUACGGUCGUCUCCGGAUGCAGAGAGGUUGAGGGCUGAGGGACGAGGCGGUUUCCCGUAUGGCCUAGCCACGGUGGCAGACGGCUAAGCGCCGGCAUCCGCAUUAUGCAAAGAGGACAAGCGAAGUUUCCAAGCAGUGUCUCGCCGCCCACCUGGGCAAAAAGUGCAACGUCUCUCGAGAUGCGCAGCAGCGUUUAUUGGGAUAGGAGAAGGCGGGUAAGAUGAAGGUCAACGUCGGCGUCUGGGUCUCGUGGGGGUCAGGAUAGGCGUAUUCGCUACGACCAGGAGGUUCAGUCUUAUGUUUCCAUAUACCCCGUACGGUAAUCGUCGUGGGAUCGCGACAGGAUAGCUUCGUAGACGCGGGUCGAUCGAUGCGAUCCCGUGCUUUCCAGUGUAUAUCUAUCUACUCAGCGCGGCGCCUCCGAGAUAUAGAUCCCUAUACCCUGGAGGUGGGCUCACAAUCACCAAAAUGCAUUAAUAGUAAACGAGCGACCAGAUAGAUGCAUAUUGACGUGAGAAUUACCC